CUUCACUUAGCAGCCGCAGCUGGCCAUGAAGCUACGGUAGAAAUGCUGCUUGACAAAGGUGCUAGUAUAGAGGCCAAAGAUGACUAUAAGUAUGAACAUAAAUAUGGAGGGCCACCGCUGCUUGUAGCGGCUGAAUGGGGUCAAAAUGCUAUAGUUAGGCUACUGCUCGAGAAGGGUGCAAAUAUCGAGGCCGAAGAUGACAAUGGAUUGAGGGCGCUGCACUGGGCAGUAAGAGGGAAAAAGUUGGAUUGGAACCCUACGGCGGGGGUGCAUGCAGAUAUGGUUAGGCUGCUGCUUGAAAUGGGUGCUGACUUCGAGGCCAAGGAUAAAAGGGGACGAAGGCCGCUAUGGUAUGCCGUUGAUGCCGGCGAUGAAGAGGUGAUGAAGCUGCUACUCGAGAAGGGCGCUACCCCGCUAUCU